AAGGAAAUGUCCUUGUAUAGGAGUAUUAGAGGUUGUAUGUAUAUUAAUGGUCCAAUACAAGAUGAAUCAGUAACAUCUGCUUCAAAUUCUUCUUGCAAGAACAUACCAGGGAGAAAGACAUUAGCUAAAAUGAGGAAAUUCUCUGCCUUUGUCCUUCUUGUUAUUGUCGUCUUUGUUGCUUUUGGAAAUGGGCCCAUGGUGGCGAGUGCCAAGACCUGCGAAGACAUACUGAAUACUGUAGUUGGGUGUGUCCCAGAGCAGUGUACUAUAGCGUGUAAAAAUGUAUACGGACCUAAUGCUGUGGGGAAAUGUACUCGACCUGUGGAUUGUACUUGUUCUCACCCUUGUUAAUUUCAACCCAUGUUGAAAUUGUUGAAAUAACCUACAACCGAUAUAAAAAACUAGCUCGAUUUUUGCUUCAUUUUGAAUUAUUUUUUCAAUUAUCUCUCUCUUUCUUUUUUUCUUUUUUUAUGUCUGAUAUGAACUAUACAAAAUGAAACACUUUUCUUAUU